AUGCUAUCAACCGUUUCUCUAGGUCUGCGUGGCCUUCAGGUCAUCCUGGCCAUCGCGCUCCUCGGCGUCUCCGUAACCCUUGUGGGUUACGAUUACUGUGAUGAAUAUUAUGGCACAUGCGAAACCUUCAACGAAGGUUGGAAGACAACCAUCCGCUACUGCAUCUUUCUGGGCAUAUACGGAAUCAUGAUCGCUGCUCUCGGCAUUGCCUCUCUUUACGUCGACAAGAUCCCCACGGAAGUCCCUCUCGUCGUGGACAGCAUCGGAGCCUUGUUUUACUUGGCUGGAGGCAUCGCUUGGGCGGUCCGCUUUACUGGCCAAAAUAUCCCCUGCAGUGUAGUGCCGGCCUGGGCGACUGAUUCUUACAUCAAAGCCUGGCUGAGCGCCUGUAAGCGGUGCGAGGCCGACGCGGGCCUUGCCUGGUCCUUGUUCGUUUUUACGGCUCUUCUUGCCAUUUGUGGCUUCCUUCGACGACGUGACCAGGUUCAGAGCUCAAAGUAG